UAUUAUGACACUCGACACUUGUCAGCCAAUUCGACCAAUUACUCAACUUGAAUUCAAAUAUUAAUUAUUAUAUUAAUAAUUAAUAAAUAAAUAAAUAAUUUAAAAAACUAAUCUUCUGUAAAAUGAACAUAAAAAUUAAAAACUGCCGCCCAAUUGUGAUAUAAUUUUUUUAAAUGACAAAUCAAGACUUGAAUUAUUUUGUGGUUAUUUAUAGAAUUACUGGUUAUCAAUGGAUCCAGAGUUCUUGGCAAAAUUAAUUCCUCAGACCAAAGAACAAGUAAGACCGGCAUGCAAAAAAUGUGGGUACGCUGGUCAUUUGACUUAUCAAUGUCGGAAUUUUAUAAAAGUUGACCCCAACAAAGAAAUAGUCCUGGACGUGAGUAGCACCAGCUCAGACAGCGAUGAAAAUUACACGACACCUUUGACGCAGUUGCGGGAACAAGAAUUAAGGAUGAAAUUAAACGAAGCCAAGAAAAAGCGCAAAGAAAAAAAACGCAAAAAGUCAAAAUCCCAAGACAAAGCUCGACAGGCCAGUUCUGAUUCCGAGUUAUCCAGCUCUGAGUCUGACGAGAAAGAUAAAAAUGACAAGAAGAAGAAGAAAAAACGUAAGAAAAAAUCUAAACAUAAAAAACAUAAACGUCAUCGCAAAGCAAGUACUUCAUCUGAUUAAUUUAUCAGUUAAUAAAUAAAUUGUAUGUACAUUAAAUUAAAUUUUCUAUGCAUUUUGA